AUGAUAAUCUUCCAACUCUAUCGUCACUGAUCACCAUAUUCCUGCUUCCCUCCACUCCCAUUGUUUUCCCCCAAAAUCAACCAAAACUUCCUUAAAAAAACCCUAAUAACACAAAUCGGAGAUUCAAUAAUGGUUGAUGUAGCAGAUAAAUUAGCCUGUUUUCGAGCAAUUACAGGCCUUGAAGAUUCCGAUUUAUGCACCGAAAUCCUCCAAGCCCAUAAUUGGGACCUCGAACUUGCCAUCUCCUCUUUCACCUCCAACCACUCCGAUAAUCACCCCUUUUCUUCCUCUUACACCGCCACCGACACCACUGCCACCGCCGUCGACCCCUCAAAUGCGACCAUUCACCGCUCCGAUUCCACCUCCAUCGUUCCCGCGGGCGCCCCUCCUCCUGGUUUGGCCUGGAAAAUUGUUACUUUACCUAUAUCAGUCAUUUCUGGUAGUUUAGGGUUAAUUUCUGGUGCAGUGGGGUUUGGAUUAUGGGCUGCUGGUGGUGUCUUGUCGUAUUCGUUAGGUUUUAUUGGGUUGGGAUCGAAUUCUGGCCGCGGUGGGGAUUCGUCGGCCCAAUUGGUAACUGUUUCUGCUGCGUCUAGAGAAGCGAUGGAGUUUGUUGCUCAAUUUGAGAGGGAUUAUGGUUCUGGUUCUUCUACUAGGCCGAAUUUUGUCAGUGAAGGGUUUAUGGAUGCGUUGACGAGGUCGAGGAAUACUUUUAAGUUGUUGUUUGUGUAUUUGCAUUCGCCGGAUCAUCUUGAUACGCCCGCGUUUUGUGAGGGGACAUUGUGUUCGGAGGUUCUUAGUGCUUUUGUUAAUGAGAAUUUUGUUGCGUGGGGUGGGAGUAUUAGAGGGAGUGAAGGGUUUAAGAUGAGUAAUAGUUUGAAGGCUUCGAGGUUUCCAUUUUGUGCUGUUGUUAUGUCUUCUACGAAUCAGAGGAUUGUGUUGCUUCAACACGUUGAGGGUCCGAAAUCUCCUGAAGAAAUGCUCGUGAUACUACAGAGAGUUCUUGAACAAAGUGCCCCUGUUCUUGUGACAGCAAGACUUGAAGCAGAAGAGAGAACAACCAACAUGCGUUUGAGGGAGGAGCAAGAUGCUGCAUACAGAGCGGCACUUGAAGCUGAUCAGGCCAGAGAACGACAACAGAGAGAAGAACAAGAACGUCUAGAAAGGGAAGCUGCUGAGGCAGAGAGAAAGCGCAGGGAGGAAGAAGAGGCUCGGGAUAGAGCAGCAAGUGAGGCUGCUGAAAACGAGGCUGCUCUGGCAAGAAUGCGGCAAGAGAAAGCCCUUUCACUUGGUGCCGAACCUGAAAAAGGACCUGAUGUCACACAAGUUUUGGUUCGAUUCCCAACUGGAGAACGCAAAGAGAGGAGGUUCCACUGUGCAGCCACUAUCCAGUCUCUAUAUGAUUAUGUUGAUUCUUUGGGUUCCUUAAAUGUCGAGAAUUACAGUCUUGUCUCGAACUUUCCCCGAGUUGUCUAUGGUACAGAUAAGGUCUCUCUAUCUCUGAAAGAAGCAGGUUUGCACCCUCAAGCCAGCCUUUUUGUGGAGCUGAACUAGAGCAGUGUGAUGCCAAGUAGUGUUGACAAUCAAGAGCAGCCCAAGGCAGGACCCUCAAGUAGGAUACUUUGUUGUGUUUCCCUUUCAAAUUCAACUUGAUCGGCAAUGAUAGGCUGACAAGAUACCUUGAUCUCUAUUUGAUGUUCCGUUUUCCUUCAAUUGCUAUUUUCAAUCAAAAAAAUGGAGUCGAGGUGGAAAGUAGGAUUGAAAUAAUGAUAUUGAUUUUGCACAUAUAUCAAUCUGAAAAACCCUAGUAGGUUACCGUUAUUGAUA